AGCAACGAUCGACCAGAGUGCAGGUGCAGCAAGCCGUCUCCAGAGACAGCCUACUAUACUGCUAGCACACUAGCACAGCAUGGUUUCCGCUGCGAACUUCCUGGCCAUGGUUGUGACCUGCGCACUCCUCAUGACCAGCCGCGACACCUGCCACGCGGCGCGCCACUUGGCCGACACGACCGCCGCGGCCGCGGCUCCCGCUGCUGCUGCUGCUGCCGUCCCGGGCCUCCCCGCCGUGCCGACCAUGCCACAGGCGGCGCUGCCACCCAUGCCGGCCGUGCCCGCAGUCACCGUUCCACAGGUGACGCUGCCACCCAUGCCACCGGCUCCCAAGGUGACCGUGCCGCAGGUGACGUUGCCGCCCAUUCCGGCAGCUCCCAAGGUGACCGUGCCGCCGCAGGUGGCGCUGCCGCCAAUCCCCGCCGUCCCUUCGUCCGUGCUGCCCAAGCUGACCCUGCCACCGAUGCCCGCCGCCGUCGUUCCGUCCGUCGGCCCCAAGGUGGCCUUGCCGCCGAUGCCGUCUGUCCCAGCCGUGAACGUGCCCAUGCCGUUCGCGGCGCCGCCACCGUCGGCGUAGACGCGCGCGCUCCUGCAGUUUUGCGUUCGCCGUGUCCACCAUGCAUUGGUGGUGGUGAGUGGUGUACGUACGUCAUCGUUUGUGCAUCCUGUUUGUACCGUGUGUAGUGUGCACGUGCGUCGCGUGCUCUCUUUUCGUGCGUAGCGUUGUACCAUUGUCCAUUGUACGUAUUUAUGUACAUCCUUUGUAUUUCUGCCACAUUCAUUUACGCCGUAUAUGUCUGCUCAA